CCUUUCCUUUCACUUUGCUUUUACCUGCCGGACAAAUUACAUGAAUUUAAAUAGAUGCUCAGAAUGACAUCCUGGAGUCCGAGCACAAGUUUUGAAAGCUCAACACCUCAAACCUCUCCCGAAAGAUCUCCAGUGCCCUACCAAGAACUCCAACCUACUUACAUAUUGAACCUGUGGCUUCAAGCUUCAAAGCCUGAAGGGUUUAUUCUGGCCUGGCACGUUCGUUGUCACGUCAUUUAUGACUUAGAUGAAGGAUCAGUUGCUUAAACGUGGUCCGUGGCCGCAAUAUUGCAGCCACAUUCAGAACGAUAGGCCCCAGCAAAAAAAUCAGGCUCAGGAUCGGCUAACGCAACGGUGAUGAUGAGGGCUAGCGAACCUAUGCCGGGGGAGGAAUGCAGUGCUGGUCAGUCAUGCCGCCCUCUUCCGCCUCUGGGCUCUUCAUUAGCGAGACAACACCGACGGUACCGACCCUUACCGACCCGAAUGUAAUUUCUGAGGAGGGGCCUAUCGUUUUGAAUGUGGCUGUGAUAUGAUGGGAUUAGUUUGGAUCUGAGCCGUACAGGAGACGCAACGUGCCGCGAAGGCUCGAGGCUAUCAGGAUAAGAACUAGAUUUAUUCUCCGCAGAGCUGAAAAGAUAAUGGUCGACCUUCCUAUCCUUCGUCGUCGCGAUUCGCACAAGCUUCCACGAAGCUUGUUUCCAACUUUCAACAUCCCGAAUCCCUGCUUAGUGCCCACGACAACCACCAUCUACACAACCCUGAAAUCGACAUCACGUCAACUAGUAUAUCGCUGUUGAUUGCCGCACAGCAUUGAUUCCCUCCGCGUGCUUCAAGCAAAAUAGAUCCUAGUGCAGAGCACACAUAUAUUAAAAGCCCUCUAGUUGUUUUAUAGGAUCAUGAAACGACCCGCUCUUACAACGCCCUCGAUGCUUGUCUGAACCCCCUCAUUGAACAAAUACAGACUAGAUUAUUUGUGUUCCACAUGGAAGGUCUUACCAUUGCUGAAGCUCGUCUCUGGGGAACGGUGGUUGAGGGAAUAUUGUACGGUUUAUAUAUUGCAUGCUUUACAGCGUGCCUUUCUCUGUUUUUCUCGCGUCUGGUCCGGCGAACCAAACAGAACAAGAUAAUUCUUUGGACUAUUACUGUCCUAUUCUGUCUUACAACUGCGCACUUUGGUUGCACAAUGCAAGCUCUUCGAAUGGGCUUCUUUGAAACCCGCCUGCCAGCAACGCCUGAUGCGUAUUUCAAUGAUAGAGCAUUGCCCCUUAACCUGGUCAUCAAAAGUAUAAACGGCGUUACUAUGGUGCUUGGAGACUGCUUAAUGUUGUUUCGUCUUUGGGUGAUAUACGAGGGGAAUAUCUUCGUCAUGGCAUUACCAACGUUAACCAUGCUUGCUACAGGCGCCAUAGUAUUCGUCCUGACCUGGGAGUUUUCAAACCUAACGCCUACCCAGAAUUCAUUCGCCGAGUCGAUCAAGAGAAUUGCGCCAGCUGCCUUUGUUCUACCGGUCGUCACAAAUGUCUUCAUUACUGCACUCAUUCUCUAUCGCAUCAUCAGCACACGAGCAGCGGUGCGCAGGUUCACAUCUAUACACGAUGAUCAUAUCUACCGAACAGUGAUCACGAACGUGGUGGAAUCUUGUUUAAUUUACCCGGUUGUUCUCAUCGUUGCCUUGAUAUUGUACCUUUGUAACAGUAACGGUCAAGAUGUGAUUACGGGAGCACUUCCCCAAGUUAUUGGCAUAGUUGCGACGCUGCUCUGGGUGUUAGUGCAUCUAGGGUUUAGCCGUUAUGACGUCGCACGGAAUCAAUGUAUCUCGGAAGAGAGCAUUGAAGCGCGUAUGACAUUCGUUAUUCCCAAACCUCCUACGCCAGAUAUUCCUUGACAAGAUGUAUUCCUAUAUUCUGGGCCUCAUACCUUACCAAUUUCGCAGAAUUUAGGUUUAUAAACUGUACUAAUGACGGGCAAGCAAAGCAUAUCAGUGUAUAAUAUACAUGUAAAGUAGUACAAAACGAAGUAGACGAAGCGAGGACAUCUAUAACGCGUACGACACCGCAAACUCUGACGACGACGCUACCGGUUUUGGCUUGCCGUUGG